UGUCCCUGUUUCAGGGCGAAAGUGGGAAGCUCGGAGUUGUUCGCGUGGUGAGGGGCGAGACUUUUUCAUUCUGCCUCAAGUAUUUCCCGUCGUUCAAGGCGCUGCCAGAAGAUAAGUCGGAAGCGGAGGCCCGACAGCUGGUGGACAUGACGGCUCAGAAUGCGUGCCUGCCGCUGCAUAAGAUCAACCUUACCGACAAAGUGGCGCUCAUUCGUGACUUGGGACACUGUCCACUCGAGACCGUUGCCAAGAACUUCCGCGACGUCAAGGCCUAUGGUCUAGUUGUAGGCCUCUCCGGCAGCAAACUUGACGACGUUGUCUAUGACAGGCAAUCAUCUGAGCCGCUCGACAUUGUCGUCGGGUUUGUCAACAGAAGAAGUUUAGGAAAGCUGAUGAAGCUGAUGACGCCGAAGGAACCGCUGCCAACCCAGCUCUUCACGAAGGAGCCUGAGAUCGACAAAGGGCUCCUCAUUGUUUGGUCGAUCGCUACAUUCAGCGUUGCCAUGGGCGCUUUGUGGGCAGGAGUCAUCAGUCACCAGCUUUACCGUUACCACGCCUAUAAGGCGAGCCAUCCUGUGGCUGCCGCAGAGGAAUCCCAGCAUGAGGGCCGACGAGCUAGCGUCGACGAAGCCGGCGAGGUGGUGAAGAAGCCCGAAGAGAUCGACAUUGGGGAGGACGUUGACCUGCAAUUGACACCCAGGGCCAUGGUCUUAUUUGUCGCCUUCAUGUGCGGCACGUUGAUCCUGCUCUACCUCUUCAUCCAGUAUCUCGUGUACUUGAUCAUUGGCAUGUUCGUGCUCGCGUCGACAGUUGCUCUCAUCGGAGUGCUUGAACCCUUGUUCUACAUGCUACCUUUUGGCACAGCAAGGCUACCAAACUACGCAUUCCCCUGCUUCUACGGCUCACUGGAGGUGCGCCAGGUGUUCCUGAUCUUGUUUUCCAUUGGCCUGGCCUUUUCGUGGGUCGUCAUCCGCCACAACUCUAAAUCUUGGCUGCUACAGGAUUUCUUGGGCGUCGUCUUCAGCAUCUACAUGAUCAAAACCUUGCGCCUGCCUAACCUCAUGGUUAUUUGCGUUCUUUUGGUCUUGCUUUUCUUUUACGAUAUUUUCUUCGUAUUCGUCACACCAUACCUGGUUCCGAAAGGAGACAGCAUCAUGGUGGAAGUGGCUCGAGGUGGCGGCAGCGACGAGCAGAUACCAAUGGUUAUGCGAGUGCCGCAUUUGAGCAACGAGGACAUCGGCGCCUGCUUCGGGGAGUACUCGGUGCUCGGAUUCGGCGACAUCCUUAUUCCCGGUUUUCUCGUGGCCUACGUGCACAGCUUCGACUUGAUAGCGUCCCAAGGUUGCCUCUAUUACGUGACCAGCGUAACCGCCUACGGCGUCGGUCUCGUGGUCACUUUCAUUGGCCUGUACAUUAUGAAGAUGGCCCAGCCCGCCUUGCUGUACCUUGUUCCCGCAACGCUGAUUCCUGUCAUUCUCAUCGCAUGGUGCCGCGGGGAGCUUCGGGAGAUCUGGUACGGAUUCAAGCCCGAGACGCCGUUCCCCUCCGAGGAGGAAUCGGAGCCCCCCGCAGACUCGUCCAAGAGGACACGCUCCAAGGACGACGAGGCGCAGCGUGGCCCGCCGCGUCCCCCGGGACCUGCCACCGUACCGCCGCUGCGGCCCGCCCUGUUCCCCGUGCACCGCUUCCCGCAGCCCGUGCCAGCACCGCCGCUGUUUCACGUGCCUCCGGGAUACUUCUGA